AGAUUCCGUCGAAAGGGGGACUGGCAGGCAGUUCAGCACAUUUCUUGGCCCUCCCCAUUCUCCGUCCGUGCUUGUCAUUGCCACGUUUGAGCGUGCGUACUCCGCGAGAGUCCGCAAGUCGAUGGAAAACUUCUGUUGCGUUUCAGAACAUCUGCGUCGGAGGAAGUUAACAGAAGGAUGAGCGCAGCAUGAAUAAGUGAAAGGGAUCAUCCCACACGGCUCCAGCUAUCCCGACUCCUGAACUACGCCUUGUAGGCUACGUUUCCAGUCCGAGGCUGGUUCGCGGCGGACAGGGGCGCACCGGCUCCUAACCCAAUAAUGCUGGACUGAGCCAAGGAAUGGCAUCUUCCGUGUUCGAGGGCACGUCGCUUGUUAACAUGUUCGUCAAAGAUUGCUGGGUUAACGGGAUCCGGCGGUUGAUUAUUAGCCAGCGGGGCGAGGAAGAGGAGUUCUUUGAGAUCAGGACCGAGUGGUCGGACAGAAACAUUCUUUACCUCCACCGGAGUUAUUCGGAUUUAGGAAGAUUGUUCAAGAGACUCGUUGAAUCCUUCCCCGAGGACAGAGGGAAUCUCUCCCAGUCGCCUCUCAUAGAUGGGCUGGUGAAGAUCAAAGAAGCCAACGAUAUCGAGGCCAGGCUGAAUGAGGUGGAGAGGCUGCUGAAGAACGCGAUCAACAUGCCAUGGAAGUAUUCCAGGUCAGAGGUGGUGUUGACGUUCUUCGAGAGGUCACCUUUAGACCAGGUGCUGAAGAACGACAACGUUCACAAGAUCCAGCCUUGUUUUCAGAGUCCGGUCAAGAUAUCAGAGAUCAUGAGGUCCAACGGGUUCUGCCUGGCCAACACCGAGACCAUCGUGUUCGACGAGAGUCUCCCCCUCAGCAAAGAGAGACCCCCUUCCACAGAUUCCGCUGAGCAUCCGUUUGAGAACAGCGAGGAGUUUGUGAGGGACGAGCCUGAUAACGAAGACGACGAUCCGGAGGCGUACCUCACCAAUCUGUCGUACUACCACCUCGUCCCCUUCGAGACCGACAUCCUGGAGUGAGGCGCUGCGCAGACCCCCGUCCAGCUGCGCAGAUGUUAGUCCGGCUGCGCUCAGCUGCAUUAACGCUGGGUUGGUUGAGCAGAUGUUAGUCCGGCUGCGCUCAGCUGCAUUAACGCUGGGUUGGUUGAGCAGAUGUUAGUUUGGCUGCGCUCAGCUGCAUUAACCCUGGGCUGGCUGCGCAGAUAUUAGUCCGGCUGCGCUCAGCUGCAUUAACCCUGGGCUGGCUGCGCAGAUAUUAGUCCUAUCAGCAUGACUGCAAAGAUCUCCAUGUGGAGUGUGCUGCAGAAUGAGCCUUUCGCAGUGAUGUCACCUCCAGCUGUUUUGAAAAGGGUUGGAGGGGCGGUCACUAUCCCAGAUUGCUUGGUGCUGUGGGGGGUCAUCCCUUGGGGAAGGAUUGGGAUGUGGUUUAGGAAGUUGGAAAGUCGGACCUUAAAGAAGACAGCUGGUUUGGAUUUUCGGUCUUUUACCGAAAAGAUGUGCUCUCAGUAUUCCGUGCCCAAACAGAAUCACAUGAUUUAAUCGACCUGGGAGAAGAGAGGCUGCCUUCUCAUAGCUAACAUCACCAAUGUGCCUCACACCUGUAUCUGCAAACAUGGGCUGAAAACCCCAGGACUGGACUCCACAGAACCCUGGGCUACUCUGAACUGCCCCCUCCAGGAUCCCCUGUACCCCUAAUGCUAACAGGAGACAGUGGGACGGACUCCCACAAUUCCUUAGAGCUGCUGCCAUCCCCCCCAAAGACAGAACAGUCCCUGAACUUCCUGGUUCAUGCCGUCAGGCGAUCGCAUCGGGCACGCCCCCAUGUGCCCUCACACAAUCUGCAGAAGCGACGAAAUACCAAUCAAAAGACAUGGAUGCUUUGUUUUAAAAGCCCCACAGAGCACAGCCUCGCCCUCAAAAACACGGGACAGAUUUUUUCCCUCGAAUAUGAAAGCUGCUCUCAGUGCGAAGUCAUUGUGGAGAAUUCAGUGGGAGCCGGGAGUCUUUCACUUUGACUUUCCCACAACAGCGCUGGCUUUUUUAGGCCACAGCAGCUUGCUAUGGAAGGAAGGGCAUGUUGUAAAUGUCCCGAUUGGUUAUCUGCUUUAUCCACAGAGAGCACACGCUGUACCUGUUGUUAGGACAACCGGAAAAACAGCCCUUUAAAAUGACCCUGGUACCCUAGAUUAUGUAUGUAAGGUCAUCUUCCAUCUGGAAUAUCUUGGGGCAGAUAGACAGGAUGACGUUGUUAGACAUCAUUGAAAGGGCAAAGGGUUUGCCUAGUGCAGGACUGCCCAAUCCUCUUCAUGGAGAUUUGCCAUCCUAUAGUUUUGACUCCAAAUAAAAAACUAAAAAUGUAAAUUAGCGUUGAAAUGAAAAUCUACAGGACAGUAGAUAUCCAGGAACAGGGUUUGGCAGCCCUGGUCUACUAUCGAUGUCUGUUUCUGUUAGACAGUUUAUCCUUUGAACGGGGCGCCUCCUUCAGGUGCACUUUGACUUCUUCUGUGGUUUAAUUUGGCUGUGUAGCCAUUCCUUUACCAGGAACAUCUGUUCCCUCACUGUGGCCUUGUCUCUGGCCUAACAACAGACAGGCCUGUUUGGGUAUAGAGUCAUGUGCAAUUUUUAUCUGUGAGAAAAUAACCUUUAACAGUCUGGAAGACUAUUCAAUUAUUCUGUUUCUGUUUCUCUUUCAAAUCAUUUAACUAAAUGCAGUGCAUAUCAUGUGAUAUGUGCAUUCAAAUGUGUAAGAUAUGCUUUAAGUAAAAACAUUUUGCCCAUCUUUCAGCUUAACUGAUAUUUGUCAGUUGUGUGGCUUGUAUUGAAAGGUGGUACAAUGGAAACACAGGCUGGGUGUGCGGGCUGAGAAUGGAUUUUUUGACUUUUUGAUUUUUGACAAGCUUAUUUUGACCUGUGGGAGUUUGAAUGAGUCUGCGUGCUGAACUCAAACCUGCAGUGUCUGUGUGCACCACACAGACAAGCUUGGCUUUUCAAAUACAGAUCAAUAAAGUGUUAUCAUUGACCACUGUGGUUUAUCAUAAUAAGAGGUAAAGACAGAGGACAAAUAAAAUGUGCUUUUAUACUAAGAUGUUAAUUUAAUAAUAUGUGAAAAAAAAGAAGAAGAGAAGAUAAUUUAUUUUUUUAGGCACAGUCUUAACACGAUUAGCAUCAAACACUUUUUUUUUACCAGAACCGAAUCUCCGAUCUCCAUUUGCCAUGUUCUUUCUGCUGUGCAAAGUCCACACACGAUUAACCCCGCAGCAGGUACAGCACAUUUAGGACUCGAAAUGUUUUAAUGAAGAAACAUUGACCCUUUAAGGUCUGAGAUCACAAAUACGUGAUUAGAAUGUUCCGAACUGAACAUUCUAACGCCGAUGCAACAAUUCCACUACUGGUGAUUGAAUGUAACGGAGUUCUAGAACACUGACUUAGAACUAAAAGAACCUACUCGUCAAGGGGUUAAUAUUAUCCACAAUCAUCCUUGGUAAUCUCUUUUCAGAAGGACAUUGAUAAAUGUCAAAAACAGUGUUAUUUAUAUCAAGCCUAAUAAAGCUAUGGAAUGCUUUGAUGAUCAAUGAAUAGCAUGUAAUGUGUAUAUUAAAAAAAUAUUUCUAAUAAAAAAGACAUUCAAAAUUAA